AUGCGCUAUAACCACAUAGGUCUUUUGGAGAAAUGGGAUAUCAAGCCCGAAUUGGCAGCAUUCGAAAAACUCAUAACGCCCGUGUUCGAUGCAUAUUCCGCGGGCCCGAACAAGAAACGCCACUCUGCACAGCCAGAAUCGCUUAAAGUGGGUGCUCAAAUCGAUCUGGACGGACGAGUAAAGGAUAAUCUUGUUUCGCCUGUUCAUGAAACUUUACAUGAACUCCAAAACCGAGCACACGGUAUGGCCACGCCAUUGCUUCCGACCAACUUCCAAUACUCGAGCGCAAAAGGUUCCAAUGCGGACUUACGCCCUAAAGGCUCUGAACCGGACCUCGUCAUCGAGGUUGCCGAUCUCAAAGGCAGAAAGAGAGUUCGCAUCGUGGGCGAGUUCAAAUCGUGCACCGCCUGCGAUAUCGCAAGCAUGAUCGACGAGCCUUGGUCAUACAGCCCCAAGGGGUUACGGAACUUCCUAGGGCAGCCAUCUAGAUACAUGCAAGAAUUCAACGUCAAGUACGGGUUUAUAUCCACAUACAAACAAACAGUAUCUCUCAAGAUGGACUGGUCUGUCGUCGACUCAAGCCAAAUGGCUCUGUACUAUUCCGACAUAUUUUAUGAUACGGAUUCCACCCUGGCCACAUCGGCGCUUGGAAAGAACGACACGCAGACCUUCGGCACAUCCUUCGGUUUACUCCAUUUGCUACAUCUAGUUGCUGGGGAGAACGAGAGAACCUGGAAACUGAAUCAAGACGACAUUCCAGACCCCCAUAAAUGGUUCUCCAAACGACGCUCAAGCAAAAAAGCCCCCAAGGCCCUUAUCCCUGGACACCGGAAAACACAGGGUUCAAAUGCAACGCCAUGGGCUGGGGCUUCAUUCCUGCGCCAAGAUCUGUUACCGAAACACGGAAGGAAAAAACCGGCAGCCAGGAAAUUGAAGGGUUCCGGUGUUAAGGACGAACGGAGCGGUGAAGCAACGAAGAAUUCUCAUCAAAACGCCAUCUCCGCAGUACCCACUUCUAAUAGCAUGAGCGUCUCAAGAGGCCUUCAGCCUGUCAGCGCCGUCAGCUCCAACGAGAACUUUGAGGAAUUGGGCGCUCCUGUCGGAAAUUCGCCUUUGAGCACACUGCCACUGCGUGGCCGCCAGCAGUCGGAAAGAAAAGCAAAGCAGAACCCGAACUAUGUCUAG